AGGACCAGAUGUCACAUGGCGUGUCAACCAUCUCUACUUCCUCCCAACUUCACAACAGCCUUCCUAUUAUUUAUAGACCCCACCAUUCAACCCCUUCGCCAUUCUCUCCUCAUCACCACCCACACCCUUUGUUCCUUUGUCACCACCAUAUCUAUUCUUUCCUUCACCUACUUCCUCCAACUUAAGCAAGAGCACAACUAUACUCCCAUCUCCAUCAUGGGCUUCCCUUCUGUUUGUUAUUGUGUCAUCCUUCCGAAACCUCUGAUCCUUGUAGUCCAACUCCUCGCCCUUCUAAAGCUCGCAGUGGCGAUGAUCCUCUACUAUCUUGGCCUCACUUCAUUGCCUGAAGACUACGGCUAUCCUCUCUCGGCAACCGACUUCUCGGUCCCAUCGUCUCUUCCGAGCACCCCUUCGGCGAUCAAAAGCGGGAUUCCGGUCGUGAAAUUCUCGAGCUUUCGCAGGAGUUCAUCUCAAGGGGAGGAGCCCACCUGUGCUGUUUGCUUGGGAGAACUGGAGGCAAGGCAUGAGGUUAGGGAGCUUGGCAACUGCUGCCAUGCGUUCCACAAGGGGUGCAUAGAUAAGUGGGUGGACAGGGGUCAGGUCACUUGUCCAUUGUGUAGAGCCCAGUUGUUGCCCAAGGGAAGGGAUGAGAAAGGGAUAGCCAUUGGCUUGAUGUGAAGCUUUGAAGAUGAUCAUGACGCAUGUUUGUCAGGAAUGGUUGCUGAGGGGGGUAACAGUGGUCUUGUGCACCCCCACUUCUUCUUUUUUUUUUUUGCCUCUGGACCACUGAAUCAUGUGUGCAGUUCUAAGUGAUGGUGCAUUUCCUUCUACCCUUGACGCUAGGGAGACCCAAGUGUUUCUCUAUUCAUUCCUGCAGAAGGUUAGGGAGUAUUGUAUGAUGAGUUCCACUUCCAAAGUAAAAUAAAUAAAUGCUGGUGCUCCUAUUUGAGAGAUGCAA